AUGCCGAAUGCAACAAAUCCGCUGGAACAGACAUGUGCAGUAAUGGCGCUUGUCCCCAUAGUAGAUUCUAUCGACACCAGCCCCAUUUCUACCGACGCGACCACGCAACCGAAGCAUUUCGAGCCCAUCACAGAACGGUGGCGGCGAUCAUUCUUGCAAUUGGUAUUCCUACAGAAGACUCACAAGCGAAACAUAAUAGCUGGUACUAGCGAUUCGGACGCGUUAGUAACUGAGGACAACUCAGUCCUGGCAGACCAGCUUCAGAAUGCCAUCACUUACAUCAAUAUCCGCAAGAACGCCCUAACUUUCGAAGAACUACACAUGCUGCUGUUGGGGACAGAGGAUUUUCGUCAACUAAAGAUCUGCAUAGAUGUGUACCUAAGUUGGCGGCCAGUCCUUUCAACGGAGUCUAAUUAUAUGAUACAAAACCAGGUGGUCGACAUUUUUACAAAGGUCGACCUGGACGACGAUCUCAAUAUGGAAGAUUGCGCAGCAGUGAUCUCGCAUCUCAUUGCUCGAGGCCUAGACAUAUUUAAGAGCUAUGACUAUGAGACGAGUACUCUAACACGAAUUCUACGUCGUAGGCGCACUUCAGAUGAAGCUGUGGAGGCUGUACAUCGCUGGCUCGAUUUGCUAGAGCUCGCCGGCGUUGGUGUAGAAACGUAUCUCCGGGUUGAACGGCAACGGUGUCUUGCUUCAUGUAAUUAA